UGAUAUUCUUCUUUCAAGGAUACAGAAGUAAUCUUUUGAUUAAUAUUGCAUAUUACUUCAAAACUUUGCCGUAUUUAUGCAAUCAAUGUGCGUUGUUCUUUGCAGUGCCAACAAAGAAAGGAGAUCUGGUGAGAAUUAUUGGGUGAUCGGGUUGAAUGCGAGCAAGUUGUUUUGUGUUGUUUGUAAGAAUCCAGAUACAUUCCCACAGGUGCUCCCUAAACCUGUUCUUACUCUGAUAAACCUGUCAUUUCCUCUUGCAUCCUCUGAUCUUGGAGAAGAAGCCCUUGAAAAUGAGUUUAUGCUGAACAAUCUGCAUCUCUCAAAGAUUCAGAAACAAAUAGAAGCUACAGCUGGUGAAGGCUUGGACACUACUUCUCUUGACGAUGAGGCUUUCGACAUAGAGGCAGCACAAGAUCGAUGCAUCUUCCGGAUAAUUGCAUCCUGCUGCAACAGUGACAAACUUGUGAGAGCCAUCGAACUUGUGAAGCUUUUAUCUGUCGAAAAAUCAGUUAGAGGUGCAAUACAACUUGCCACUGCAAUGAAGCUUCCUAUUUUGGUUGAACGAUUCAAUGAAAUACUGGAGGAAAGAUUGAGAAAUAAAAUAAAGGAUUCAAACACUGGUCUUUCAAGUUCAAAACAUGAUCUUGCAGUCAACAAGCCCUAUACUGCAACUGAAAGAUUGGAACCAUUUGCUCCAUCAUCUUCAGCUAAACUCUCGGCCCCUGUGUUUACAAAGAAAGUAAAACCUUUGGAACGAGUUAAAUUCGGAAAGCAAAAGACAGGCAUUGAUCAAACUGCAAAUCUAGAGGACAGCGAGGAGGUAAAGGAUGCAGAGAAGAAUGAUGGAUCUAGCCAUGUGAAUGGUGUGAAGGAAGUGAAGAACUCAGAUAGUCAAUGCCCUUUAAACCUGUUUCCGAAGUUGCCAGAUAUUCGGGACGGAAAGAAGGAUCCAUCAAAUCCGGUGUCGAAGUCCUCAAAUGAGGAAUCAAAGAAGGAUGUAGGAGAACGACCUAGUAAUCCAUUUUUGAAGUCGACAGUUAAGUGA